GGCAGUAGCUCAGCACUUUUUCGUUGCGGAAAGCAAAUCUCGAGGCGCGGCGCGGCGCGGCGCAGCACAGCACAGCACAGGGAGGGAGCGCGAGCGACGGAACAGCACAGCACAACCCGGUAGCCGCCGCCGCCGCCGCCGCAUGGAGGCGGACGCCGCCGGCGAGGGCAGGGAGGCGGAGAUCGAGAGGGCCUUCCGCGCCCGCCUCCCCGACUUCAGGAAGCAGGCCGACUCCUUGACCCUCGAAGGUGUAAGGAGAGCACUGGAGAAGGACAUGGGCUUGGAGAAACAUUCUCUUGAUGCCCAUAAAAAGUUAAUAAAGCAAUGUGUAGACAAGGUCUUUUCUGGUUCUGAUGAUGACAAUGGAGACAAUAAUGCACCGGUGAAGGCUGAAGCUAAAGAUGAUCAUUCUUCUAAAGAAGAAUCAGAAGAUGCCCAGCCUACACCUGACUUAAACAAAAUUUCCUCCAAUUCUGAUGAACUAGUGGCAAAAUCCAGUGAGACAGAAAGAGAUCAGGAGGGAGACAAAGAUCAUGGUUCUGGCAGUGAUAUUAGUGAAGCUAUGAUAAAAAAUGCUAUUGUCAAAAGGGCUUCAUAUUUUAGAGAGAACUCAGAAACUCUUACUUUACUAGGAGUUCGUCGAACUUUAGAAGAAGACCUCAAGCUUCAGAAGAAAGCUUUGGAUGCUUACAAGUCUUUUAUUACUACAGAAUUAGACAAUAUUCUGCAAGAACCUGCAAACGGGACAAAGAAAAAUAGUAAAACUGAAUCUCGUAAGGAUUCUGGCAAGAAGACAAUCAAAAACUCUAAAAGAGCUCGUCAAGACUCUGAUACUUCUGAAAUAAAUGAUAGCCAUUGUGAGAGGGGAGAUAGCGAUGAGGAUACAAGGCCGAAAAAGACAAAGGCUGAAAAGGGCAAAGCUGUAAAGAGGCAGAAAAAAGGUACAGUCGAUAAACAACUGUCAAGUCCAAAGUCUAAAAAAAUUGCCAAAAAAGAUUCAAAUAAAACUAAAGAGCAGGGGGGGUCAACAGAAGAAGAUAGUUCGCAUUCUUCAGCUGAAGAAGACAACAAGAAAAAACAACUAGUUCCAGCUUAUGGGAAACGAGUGGAACGGCUGAAGUCAAUUAUAAAAUCAUGUGGAAUGAGUAUUGCACCUUCUGUGUACCGGAGAGUAAAGAUGGCUCCUGAAAACAAGCGUGAAGCCUGUUUGAUCAAGGAGUUGGAGGAUAUACUUGAAAAAGAAGGGCUGUCGACAAAUCCCUCUGAAAAAGAAAUUAAAGCCGUAAAGAAAAGAAAGGAAAGAGCAAAGGAACUCGAGGGCAUAGACAUGAGCAAUAUUAUCACAAGUUCUCGUCGGAGAAGUACAUCGAGUUUCAUACCCCUCCCAACACCUAAAAUAGUAGCUGAUAGUGAUGAUGAUGACGAAGAAGAUGAUGACGAUGAUGAGGAGGCAAAUGUGGAGGGUGGAGAUGGUGACAAUGAUGAUGGAGAAGCUGGCAAUGGAUCUGCGGAUGAUGCUGAACAUGACAGCGAUUGAUUUUGCUGGCCUCUUAAGGCGGGAUUGCGAAACAAGUAAUUCUGACCAUGCAUGUGCAUCUCAUGUUGGCUUUACCAGGUUGACUGUUUGCGUGGAUGGAGGCAGUUGUUCAAAAGUUUAACUUAUGGGUUUACUUAUAUGCUUAAGCAUGUUUGCCGGAACAUAUUAUUUAGCUCUAACAUUGGUUAAACAUUAGCGCAGAUGAUUCUUGUAUCUCCCAUCAGCUUAUGUAUAAUAUCAGAUUUGUUAUCUGAAUUUUCGAUUGUGUAUUCCCGUAGUUUGAAGCGACGUUGUAUUGCUGGACAGUUAUUUGAUUAGUUCAUCACUUAUAGUGUAUAAUUAUUUUGUGAGUAUUACAUAAAUUAUUUUAGACGAGGGAUGUCAA